AUGGCCAGACCAACGAUAUUUCCACUCAAAAAGGAUAAUAAUGGUGCUCAAUUGAUCAGUCGGUUGAACCAAUUGAUAUCAAUUACUGAAUCAUUAACCACACUCACUUCGGUACAGCGACAAGAAUUAGUCAAAUUGUUUCGUAUGACAAUUGAUAUGAUUAUUCUUCGAACCAAUCAGCUAUCUACUGAAUUCAUAAACAAAUGCACUCGUUUGGUGAAUAGCUACCAAAACUUAAUCAUGGCAGUUACAUCAAAUGAACAACAACUGUCACAAGCUUUGCAUCCAUUCCCAUUCCCGCGGCCACUGCAGCCACCGCAACUGCAUCCACAACCUCUGUUAUCAUUACCAGCUUUAUCAAACUUGCGUACUCCAGGAAGAUCUAACAUCAGUACGCCAAAUCUUCAAAUCAGAAAGUAUGGAAUUUUUCACGAUAGGGUUUCGAAUUUAUCUCCAUCAAUUUCUACUCAAUCAAUGUUUGAAGUUGCUCCUAAUCGAAAAUCAAAAGAUAUCAGUAGAAUGCUUCUACCCGACCAAGAACAAAAGAGUUCCGAUGAAAGCGAAUUUGAGGAAGAUGAAUCACAAGAUUUAAUCUACAAUAGCUCAUCACACUCGUUGUCUCCUGGAAGACCAAGACUACCGUCAAUGUUUUUAAGCAAUAGGUUGAGCACUCCUAAUUUACAAGUUCAUUUGAAUUUGAGUCAAAAAAAUAGUAGACUGCACUUGAGAAAUAAUUCGUUUAACUAA